CGAGUCGGGAGCAGCCGCCGCGGAGCGAAGCCGGAGCCGCCGGCGCGGCCGGAGGUUCUGAACAAUGGCCGUGUGGAUCCAGGCCCAGCAGCUGCAGGGAGAGGCCCUGCGCCAGAUGCAGGCGCUGUACGGCCAGCACUUCCCCAUCGAGGUGCGGCAUUACCUGUCGCAGUGGAUCGAGAGCCAAGCAUGGGACUCCAUCGACCUCGAUAACCCCCAGGAGAACCUCAAAGCCACCCAGCUGCUGGAGGGGCUGAUCCAGGAGCUGCAGAAGAAGGCGGAUCACCAAGUGGGCGAGGACGGGUUCUUGCUGAAGAUCAAGCUGGGGCACUAUGCCACGCAGCUGCAGAACACGUACGACCGGUGCCCCAUGGAGCUGGUGCGCUGCAUCCGCCACAUCCUGUACCACGAGCAGCGGCUGGUUCGGGAGGCCACUAACAGCCCCUCCCCGGCCAGCAGCCUGGCGGACUCCAUGUCCCAGAAGCACCUGCAGAUAAACCAGACCUUCGAGGAGCUGCGUCUCGUCACCCAGGACACGGAGAACGAGCUGAAGAAGCUGCAGCAGACACAGGAGUAUUUCAUCAUCCAGUACCAGGAGAACAUGCGCCUGCAAGCUCAGUUCUCCCAGCUCUCCCAACUGGGCCCCCAGGAGCGCAUGUCCCGCGAGACGACGCUGCAGCAGAAGAAGGCGUCGCUGGAGGCCUGGCUGCACCGGGAGGCCCAGACACUACAGCAGUACCGAGUGGAGCUGGCGGAGAAGCACCAGAAAACCCUGCAGCUGCUGCGCAAGCAACAGACGACCAUCCUGGACGACGAGCUGAUCCAGUGGAAGCGGCGGCAGCAGCUGGCGGGGAACGGCGGGCCCCCCGAGGGCACCCUGGACGUGCUGCAGUCCUGGUGUGAGAAGCUGGCCGAGAUCAUCUGGCAGAACCGGCAGCAGAUCCGUCGGGCCGAGCACCUGUGCCAGCAGCUGCCCAUCCCGGGGCCCGUGGAGGAGAUGCUGUCCGAGCUCAACGGCACCAUCACAGACAUCAUCUCCGCCCUGGUGACCAGCACCUUCAUCAUCGAGAAGCAGCCCCCCCAGGUGCUGAAGACGCAGACCAAGUUCGCGGCCACGGUGCGGCUGCUGGUGGGGGGGAAGCUGAACGUGCACAUGAACCCGCCCCAGGUGAAGGCCACCAUCAUCAGCGAGCAGCAAGCCAAGGCCCUGCUGAAGAACGAAAGCACCCGCAACGAGAGCAGCGGGGAGAUCCUGAACAACUGCUGCGUGAUGGAGUACCACCAGGCCACGGGCACCCUGAGCGCCCACUUCAGGAACAUGUCCCUGAAGCGCAUCAAGCGCUCGGAUCGGCGCGGCGCCGAGUCGGUGACCGAGGAGAAAUUCACCAUCCUCUUCGAGUCGCAAUUCAGCGUCGGCGGCAACGAGCUGGUCUUCCAGGUCAAGACGCUGUCCCUGCCCGUGGUGGUGAUCGUGCACGGGAGCCAGGACAACAACGCCACGGCCACCGUGCUCUGGGAUAACGCCUUCGCCGAGCCGGGCCGGGUCCCGUUCGCCGUGCCCGAGAAGGUGCUGUGGCCCCAGCUGUGCGAGGCGCUCAACAUGAAGUUCAAGGCCGAGGUGCAGAGCAGUCGGGGGCUGACGAAGGAGAAUUUGCUCUUCCUGGCACAGAAGCUCUUCAACAGCAGCAGUGCCCAGCUGGAGGAGUACAGCGCCAUGGCCGUCUCCUGGUCCCAGUUCAACAGGGAAAACUUGCCAGGGCGGAAUUACACCUUCUGGCAGUGGUUCGACGGGGUCAUGGAGGUGCUGAAGAAGCAUCUUAAGCCUCACUGGAACGACGGGGCCAUCCUGGGCUUCGUCAACAAGCAGCAAGCGCACGACCUGCUGAUCAACAAGCCGGACGGGACCUUCCUGCUGCGGUUCAGUGACUCCGAGAUCGGGGGCAUCACCAUCGCCUGGAAGUUCGACUCGCCUGAGAGGAUGUUUUGGAACCUCAUGCCCUUCACGACCAGAGACUUCUCCAUCCGCUCGCUGGCCGAUCGCCUGGGUGACCUCAAUUACCUCAUCUACGUGUUCCCCGACCGACCCAAGGACGAGGUCUUCUCCAAGUACUACACGCCGGUUCUCUCUAAAGCCGUGGAUGGAUACGUGAAGCCACAGAUCAAACAAGUGGUGCCAGAGUUUGCCAGCGCCUCCGGGGAUCCCGCCGCCGGAACGGUCACCUACAUGGAUCAGGCGCCGUCGCCGGCCGUGUGCUCCCAGCCGCAUUACAACGUCUACCCACAGAAUCCCGACUCUGUGCUGGAUCCCGAGGGCGAGUUCGACCUGGACGACACGAUGGACGUCGCGCGACACGUGGAGGAGCUUCUGCGGCGGCCCAUGGACACUCAGUGGAUCCCCCACAGCCAGUCGUGACCCUGUGCCGUGGUACGGCCCGGCCCGGCAGCCGUGUCCCUGGGAGCCGAUCCGGGGAGCAUGCCCCGUGGAGAGCAGCCCUGUGUUCGUGUCUCUGUGCGUGGGCCCAUGUGUGGGGGGUGCUCAUCCGGGGGCUUUGCUCUGCGCCAGCUGCAGUGUCCAUGGCUGCGCUUGGCUCUUUGGUGUUUAUCCCCGUGUACUAAAGGCAGUGGGCUUGUCGUAUGGUUUCCUUAUCUGUUACUUUGAGGCCUGCCUUCAGCUUCCCGCUUCUGCAGCGCUGCUCCUCCCCGUGCAGCAGAUCCCUGGAGCCCCGUGCGUUCUCAGCGCCCACUGGACUCGGAUCCCUACCCUUGGGCCCAGGGGCCUCUCAGCGUGGGGGGCGGGCCUGGGAGUUUGUUUGCAGUAAUUGUCACAUCUAGGACUUUCGUGUUCAAAUUCUUUCCUUUUGUUACCAGCUCCCCCGUCCCGGGGGGCAUGUGCGUGUGCGUUGGGUCCUGUUUGUGUGCGCAGAGACCUGGGGGCAAAGACUCUUUCUUCUCAGCCCAGGCAGCAGCAUCUGCGCCUUGGGCGUGGCUUGCUGGGAAGGCGUCCCACCGGGGCCCUUUUCUCCUCCCGGUUCCUGCCUGGCCCGUGUCCGCUCAGCCAGUGGGACGCUGCCCUUCCCCCCGGCCUAGAGCUGGGGGGUGUUUAACAAACCCUGAGAGGAAGGAGGGGGUUGCAGAUGGACACGACUGCUCUGUGUGCAGGAGGAACGGGGCUCCCGGCUGGGGUCAGGGCAAGGCGCGGCUCAGGCUGGGGGUGAGAGGCUGCUGGUCCCCCCCCCUCGGGGUCCCGCCCUCCCUCCGCAUCGACAUUAUUUUUCUAUGGCUGAGUAAAUAAAGCACAGAAUAUUUUUUUAACACAAA